AUGAGCAGAAAUCAAAGUAAACUGAAUUUGAUGGAAGAAGUGAAAGGGUACUGUUCUGAUAGAGGAGAAGAAGAAGAAGAUGAAGGUGCAAUUGCAGGAGAAGAAAGCAAUAGCAGCAGGUUAAAGACACAGUUACAGAAAACUCAGCACGAGGAAGAAGAAGAAGAAACGGUGGUUGGGAAUUUGAAUGAGAAGAAUGAGGAGAGAAAGAAAGAAGAAGAUUUGAUGGAGUUGAGGCUCGGAGGAAGUGGAAGCAAGAGCAAGGAAGAAGGAAUUGAGUGUUCAAAUUCAAAGAACGAAGAAGAGGUAGAAGAAGUAAUUGAGAAAGAGCACAUGUUUGACAAAGUUGUGACACCGAGUGACGUGGGGAAGCUGAAUCGACUUGUCAUACCGAAGCAACACGCAGAGAAGUACUUUCCUUUGGAUUCUUCUACCAAUGAGAAAGGGCUUCUUCUCAACUUUGAAGAUCGGAAUGGAAAAAUGUGGCGAUUCAGGUACUCGUAUUGGAACAGUAGCCAGAGCUAUGUGAUGACAAAAGGAUGGAGCCGUUUUGUUAAAGAGAAGAAGCUUGAUGCAGGUGAUAUUGUUUCGUUUCACCGUGGCCGUGCUGAAUUGUACAGACAUAGAUUGUACAUAGAUUACAGGCCAAGGUCUCAUACUCACUCUCCUUACUCUCAGCAUCACCACCACCACCACCUCAUGCCGCAGUAUCCUCCUAACAUCGCCACUUUGCCGUUUUAUCUUCCCAAUCAUCACUUCUCAUCUUGCGGUGGUCUCGGUGCUAGAUCAUUGUACAACUCAUCUCAAUAUUCACCUCACCUUCCCAAUUACUCUCCGGCAGCGGCGGCUUCUUCUCCAAUACCUCCUCUUCAAUAUUACAACAACAAUUUCUAUACUACACUUCAUCAACACCACCAACAACAACAGUACCAUUCUUCUUCUGAACACCUUGUUAAUAAUAAUAUGAAUCCUCUCUUUUAUCUCGCUUCCUCACCUAUGACACCGCCGACAUCAGCAAUGGGUGGCAGUGGAGGUGGGGAUCAACACUUUCCGGGACCGGUGCCUGGGCAAGGUCAACAACAAGAUCAGAGAAAUGCAAAUGUGAAUCUCCCCAUGAAUAUGAUAAUUGAUUCUGUGCCAGUUACACAUCACCACCACCGCAGCGGAAAUCUCAACGGUAGUAAUAAUAGUAAUAGCACCGGAAAACGGCUGAGGCUAUUUGGAGUCAACAUGGAAUGUGAUUCUUCUUCUUCAUCUUCAGCACAACCAAAUGUGACAAUGGCUAAUCAAUCACAUUCACUCUCUUCAACAACAACGACGACAACAACCACCACUUCCGGUGGUGGUGGAGAUUAUCACAGAGGGGGACUUUCAGAGCUCUUUGAUUUGGAACCCUUCAAUUAUCGCCGCCACUGA